AUGAUAGCCAAGGCACUGGCCCAGAAUGGUGCCGCAAAGGUCUUCAUCUCCGGCCGCCGAGCCGAUGUCCUCGCCAAGGCGGCCGCAGCUUUAGGGCCCUCCGUCCACCCUAUAGUCUGCGACGUCUCCUCUCCGGAGAGCCUAGCCUCCGCCGUGUCCGAGGUAUCCUCCUCGGCGGGAUUUCUAAACCUCCUUGUCUGCAACGCGGGUAUCGGCGGUCCUCAAGUGCCUAUGCCCACCGCAGAAACAUCUCUAGAAGAGUGGGCAUCGGCCAAUUUGAACCAUGGGAUCGACAGCUACGUCCGGACCUUUGAGGUUAACACGGCCGCCGUCUGGUACACCACCAUGGCGUUCCUCCCUUUGCUAGGCAAGGGAAACGAAUCACGCAAUGUUACGCAGACCUCUCAGGUUGUAGUCACAAGCUCCAUCGCCGCGUUCAACAAGAUGUCGCCUGGAGGGUAUGCAUAUGGACAGUCCAAGGCCGCCGUAAACCUGCUCGUGAAACAGCUCUCGGUUGUGUUGCCGCAGUGGAACAUCAGGUAUCACCACUCACACCCACAGGCAGCCUUUCUCACGCGAAUGAAGCUAACAGCCUAUGUGCGAACUAGAGCAAAUGCCAUCUGCCCCGGCCGUAAGUCCUCCAAGAUUGGAAGCCCGCCUACACAGCUCCACAUCGCUGCCAAACUAAUAUUCACGUGUUCAUCUAGUCUUUCCAAGUGA